AUGCUUCCGAAGCUGGUGACCUCCAUUUUGCUGGCCGCUACGCAAGUAGCUGGCUUGGUCAACCCCUCCAAGCGAGCCGACGGCGGCCGCAAGGUCUUUGCCCACUAUAUGGUCGGCCUGACCUCUGGGCAAGCCUCGUCACAAUGGGAAAAGGACAUCUCCGAUGCCAAGAGCGCGGGUAUCGAUGGGUUCGCGCUGAACGUCGGGUCCGCAGACAGCUGGAACGGCGUGCAGCUGCUACUCGCAUACGAUGCGGCCAGCAGUGCCGGGUUCAGCCUCUUCCUGAGCUUCGACAUGGCUGCCUCGUCGUGGACGACGGACCAGGUCAACAGCCUGAUCAACCAGUUCAAGGGGAAUGCGGCCCAGUUCAAGGUCAACAACCUCCCUCUUGUCAGUACCUUCGAGGGCCCUGACUGGGCGGGCAACUGGGCGACCGUUCGUUCAGCAACGGGCGGCAUCUUCUUGGUCCCAGACUGGUCCAGUUUAGGACCCUCGGGUGUCGGGGCCAAGGCUUCACUGAUUGACGGUGCUUUCAAUUGGGGUGCGUGGCCGUACUCCAACUCAAAGACGCUCUCGACAGAUGGAGAUACUCAGUACAAGUCGGCAUUGGGUAACAAGGCUUACAUGAUGGGAGUGAGCCCUUACUUUUACACUGACCUUCCUCAGUACAACAAGAACUGGUACUCCACCAGUGACACAUUGUGGUUCAACCGUUGGACGCAGGCUCUGGAUAUCCUGCCAGAUUACAUCGAGAUCAUCACCUGGAACGACUACGGCGAGUCUAGCUACAUCAACAACCCUGUUACCGCCCAAAUUGUAAGCGGUGCCGAAGGAUACGUCAACGGCUUCGAUCAUACGGCCUUCCGAUUCGUCCUGCCUUACUUCAUCGCCGCAUACAAGGCUGGCAACACCGAUGUAGCCCUCCCGUCCGAGGGCGCGAUGGCAUGGUACCGCACGACUUCUAAGUCGGUCUGCGGCGACGGAGGCACAGUCUGGGGCCAGGGAGGCAGCGCUUCGGCAGCAGACGGCACCGACGAUGUGAUCAGCGUCAUCGCCUUAUCCAACUCGCCCGGGGCCGACAUCACAGUCAGCAUCGGCGGUGCGAGUCAGACGGUCAAGGCAAGCAGCACCAAGGGCAAGGCGAGCUUCUACACAGUCAGCUUCGCCGGCAAGACCGGAGACGUUACUGUCACGGUUGGUGGAAAAUCGACUACUGGGCCUGCAAUUUCGGGAUCGUGUCCGAGUUCGGGGCAUGUUAACUUCAAUGCUGUUUCUAUUCAAAUAUAA